AUGAGGGUUCGAAGGUCGCGGCAGUUUGCAAAAGUUUUGUCGAUCUAUGAGCGAUGUUUUGGUCUUGCCGCGAAAAAUCUCGAAAUAUUCUUGGAUCACACCUUCGUUCGACAAUCCCUUAUAAAUCAUGUAAAUAUAUCGGACAGCAUUGCCAAUAUGGUUGGGCGUGGUUUUCGACUCGUAACAUCAUCGUGUGUCGUAGCCGAAUGCCAAGCACUUGGAUCCUUAUUUUUUGGUGCUCUCAAGAUCCUUGAGGGUUUCUACCUUCUUAAGUGCCGGCACGAAUACAAUUCCGCUCUUGGUGCUGCUUGGUGUAUCCGGAAAAGGAUACGAACCGCACGAAGACGUAGUAAAACUUUCAGGAGGCUAAAAGAGGGUGAAAAGUGUUUCCUUUUCGCUUUAGCUUCAAAUGAUGCGGAAUUGCAGGCCCUUGCGCGCACUGUUCCUGGGAUGCCUGUAAUGUUUAUCGCUCAGCGGUGCAUCAACAUUGAGCCAAUACCUGAAACCACACAGGCCAUAAUCGACAACCUGACGUUGCAAAGCCUCGCGGUUAAUGAGGGUGAACUGGCAAGACUCCAACAAAUCGAGGAAAAAUUCGGUCUAGGAAAGGAUGACUACGUAAAAAACAGAAAAAAGAAACGCGGUCCUUCUGGUCCGAAUCCGUUGUCGUGUCGGAAGAAGCGACCAGCUGCGAUGGUGACAGCCCUCAAUAUCACCUCCGAGGGGAAACCAAGAAGACAAAGGAAGAAGCAUCAUCGAGCUCUGCGGAAGACCUGGGCAAUGCGUCAGGUCCUAAAGCUCUACGGAACCCCUUCUGUAAACGCACAACCCACCCUUCUCUCUUUGUCCUCUCCCCUCUCUCCAGGCACAAUUACCAACGUAUAA